GCCCCUUGGACAUACAAUUUGGCCUCUGAUUCCUUCCAAAAUCCAAAGCUUCUGUUCACAAUUUGCUUCAAAAAGAUCAUGGGUGAUAACAAAAUCAUAGGAAAAGUACCAUUCAUGAUGGUCUUGUUCUUUCUGGUCCUGUCUUGUUUCCCAGCAACUGUUCAACCUUCCAUCAACACUGCAGUCCAACUAAUGGCUGGAUUUGGCCCGUCUAUUGUUUUACCACUCACUGGGAAUGUCUAUCCACGGGGGUACUUUGAAUUGUCCCUCCGCAUAGGCAAUCCGCCCAAGUCUUUUACCUUUGAGAUCGACACUGGCAGUGACCUCACUUGGGUGCAAUGUGACGCAGACUGUGAAGGAUGCAGUCUGCCCAAACAUGAACUUUACAAGCCAGGAAAAGCUUACGUGCCAUUUGACGAUCCCUUGUGCGCUGAAAUUGGCAACCCAGGAUCCGACGAUCCAAAAAAAAUAUGUUCCUUCAACGUUACAUAUGUUGAUGGUUCAACUAGUGGUUACCUUGUUCGAGAUAUCUUUACCUUGCGACCCGAUAAGGGCUCUACUUCUGGUUCUAGUACUUUGACCUUUGGGUGUGGAAAUAAAAUACAAUCUUACACUGGAGAACCUCUUGAGACUGCGGGAAUCCUUGGACUUAGCAAGAGUGUGGUAAGCAUCCCUUCUCAGCUUCGUGCUGUACGAGAAACACAGAAUGUAAUAGGUCAUUGUUUGAGUGGGAAAAGUGGAGGAUUUUUGUUCAUUGGAAAUGAUCCUGUACCUUCUUCAGGAGUAACUUGGGUACCAAUGUUGAAGAAAAAACAAUAUUAUGCAUCCGGUCCAGCAGAUCUCUUCUUUGAUGGAACUGACAUAAAGCUUUCUCAUGUACUCUUUGAUUCUGGCUCUACCUACACUCUCUUCCCUUCUACAAUUUAUGGAGCUAUACUCAGUUUGUUGAGCAAGGAUCUAAUUGGCAAGAAAUUAGUACAAGUACCAUUUGAACAAGAUGGCACUCUCCCCGUCUGCUGGAGAGGCAUAGAACCUUUCAAAUCCCAGUCUGAUGUUAAGAGAUAUUUCAAGACCUUUACACUGAGAUUUACAAAGGAUGCUGGCCUGCAACUACCACCCGAAACUUAUCUGGUGAUCUCGGAACAUGGAAAUGCAUGCCUAGGAAUUUUGAAUGGCACUGUGUAUGGUGUGGAAUAUAAUUUACUUGGAGCCAUUUCAAUGCUGGACAAAAUGCUUAUUUAUGACAAUGAGAAGGGGCGGAUUGGAUGGACUUCUGGAGACUGCUUUCCUCCUAUUUCCCGAACUGAGCCAUUCUCUGCUAUGCUGUAGAAGAAGGGAUUGAGCAAAAAUGAAUAAAGGAAUAUUAGCCUUUCCGAAAACCACUUUUUUCUGUUCAUGUUGUAUGUUCAAGGUAUAAUAAAUGAAAUGAGUGCCAAAUAUAACUAGAUCAAAAUAUUCAAGUCAAACUACAAUUAUAUAAGAAAUAUGUUUGCUUAUA